UUAACCUAUUUUUCAGUUACCAAAAUUUGCACACCCAUACAUUACAUGGAAACCUUAUCAUCUCUCAAAGUACGUUUCAACUACAGAGUCAACAACCAUGGCCGACGGUCUCAUCUCCAGUGUUGUGGAACAGCUGAUCAACAUCCUGAAGCACCAAGCCCAGGAGCUAAAACGAGCUUUGGGUGUGGAGAAGGAGAUCGCAAGCCUCUCAUCAAAGCUCGAGAAAAUCAGGGAGGUAUUGGAUGAUGCAGACAAGAGAAGCUUUAAGGAAAAGGGCAUCAAGCUCUGGAUUGAAAAUAUCAAAGACUUCUCCUACCAAGUGGACGAUGUUCUGGACGAGUGGAGAACCAGAACUCUGAGACAACAGAUCGAGAGUUCAGCUCCAGAAAGCAGCUGCAGCUCUUUCCUGCCUUCAUGUAUCCAAUUCAAAAGGUUUGUUAUGCAUCGAGACAUCGCCAAGAAAAUAAUUGAGCUUGAUUCAACACUUGAUCAGAUUACGAAAGAGAAAGAUCAGUUCAAAUUUGAUUAUGCAUCUAUAACACACACUUCUGCAGCAUCACACUCUGAUCAAGAAUUGAUGCGAGUUACCACUGCGUUUGAUGUGGAUGCGUCUGAGAUUCAAGGUAGGAAAUCCGAUGCCAGUGCUUUAAUAAGCAAGUUAGUGGAGAAUUCUGGAGAAGAAGAAGCAAGAAAUGGAAAUGGAAAUGGAAAUGGUCCCCCUGUGAUUUCCAUAGUGGGCACGGGAGGGAUAGGGAAAACUACCCUUGCUCUACUAGUCUUUGAGGAUGAACAGAUCAAGACUCAUUUUGGGGAUGAAAGGGUGUGGAUUUGUGUUUCCGACCCUUUUGACCAGAUCAAGAUUGCAAAAGCCAUUGUUGAGUCAACCACUAAAAGUUCCACGGAUCUGUCCCAACUCCAACUGUUACUGGAAAAGAUCCGAAGCACUUUGUCUGGGAAAAGGUUCCUACUUGUGAUGGAUGAUGUGUGGACAGAGCAGUAUGCAAAGUGGGAGCCAUUGAAGAACUCUCUCAAGGAUGGACUCCCUGGGAGUAGAAUCUUGGUGACCACAAGGAGUGAGAGGGUUGCUACAAUGAUGGGAAGUGUGUAUCUGCAUCAGUUGGAUCUAAUAUCUGACUCGGAAGCUUGGUUGUUGCUUAGCAGGAUAGCAUUUUCCGGGAGAAGGGAAGAGGAUUGUGAGGAACUGAAAGAUAUUGGCCAGAAAAUUGUUCAAAAGUGCAAAGGACUGCCACUUGCUGCUAGUGUCAUGGGACGCCUGCUACGUUUCAAAGACACUAAAGAUGAUUGGCAAAAUGUUUUAGACAAUAAAAUUUGGGAGUUGGAGAAAGUGGUAACAGACCUCUUCCCUCAUUUGUAUCUAAGCUACAAUGAUUUGACCCCAAAGAUGAAGCAAUGUUUCUCAUAUUGUGCUGUCUUUCCCAAAGAUUAUGAAAUAAAGGUAGAAAAGCUCAUCAGAAUUUGGAUGGCACAAGGUUAUCUGACGAUGGAAUCAAAAGGCAGGGAGUUAUUUGGGGGUUUAGCAAUGCGCUCUUUCUUCCAAGAUUUGAAGAAAGAUCACAUGGAUUCCAACAUUAUCAUAUCUUGCAAAAUGCAUGACAUAGUGCAUGAUUUUGCCCAGUUUCUUACCAAAAAUGAAUGCUACCGUAUUGACCAGCAUGAGGAUAAGGUCCAGAUUAAAAAUCUACGUCAUCUGUCAUGGCAGAACACUGGUAGGAAUAUGAAUCUCUCUUCCAUUUGUGAUAUUGGAAAACUUCGCAGCUUUUUUGCUGAAUCUCCCGAACAACUUAUUCCUGAUUUGUUCAAUGGUCUGAAAUCUGUGAGAGUAUUAAGAUUGCAUGACUGUGAGUUGCAAAAACUGCCAAGGAAGAUAGGAAAUUUGGUUCAUCUAAGGUACAUUGAUUUAAGUAGGAGCGAUGUAGAGGAGCUACCCAAAGGGAUUGGCAAUUUGAUAAACUUGAGACACCUUAACAUCAGAGGCACCUAUAGGCUGGAGAUGAUGCCCCUAGGUAUUGCAAAGCUAACUCAGCUUUGUAGUUUAAGUGAGUUUAAGGUGGGGAAAGAGUCAAGUAAGUUGGGAUACAUGGAGAAGCUGAACCAACUCAAAGGGGAGCUGUCCAUAUUUUUUUUGUGCGAUCUGAAUAAUGCAGCAGAUGUGGAGGAAGCAAAGAAAGCAGAAUUAAGAAAGAAGAAGCACAUCAAAGAAUUGUGUUUGGAUUUCAGUCGGGGAGUCGUUGUGGAAAUAGAUGUGAUGGAAGCUCUGAAACCACCUCCGGAACUGCAAACCUUGAAAUUUAAUUGGUACGAAGGAACCCACUUCCCUUCCUGGAUUACACUGUCCCUUGAUAAUCUACGUAUUCUUGAAAUCAAUGGGUGCAUAAAUUGUUCAUCUUUGCCUCCAUUAGGCAAACUGCCUUCUCUGGAGACUCUUAUCAUAUGGGGCAUGGAAGAGCUAAGAUAUGUAGGGAGUGAGUUUUUUGGAGUAGCAGAAGUAGGUGUUGUUGCUUUUCCAAAGCUGAAGAAAUUGCUGUUCUCAUAUUGUUCCGAGUGGGAGGAGUGGGAAGACUUCAAAGAAGAAGCAACAAUAAUAAUAAUGCCAUGCAUCAGGGAGUUGAAACUAUUUCGUUGCAGCAAACUUAAGAUAGUGCCACAUCACCUCUUAAGUAGGCUGGAGUCUUUGAAGAUCGAAUAUUGUCCGGGUCUCAAAGUUGAAUAGAUCGAGUGAAAUAUGUGACACUCCAAAUGCCGAUCAGGUGUCAAAAUGGUGACGUCAUCGUGCUUCCAGGUAAGGCCACCACUCCUACUGGAUGGGAGUCGUACGUACUUGUAACUUUAUGGUUACCAAGUUAACAGUCCGGCCAACUUGAUUAUUUGACCAAAAAUUAUCAAGUUUAUCUCUUUUACACUUUGAAUCUCUACUACUUUGUAUAUCUAUUCGGUUUGAUGUUAAGGUGUGAACUAAAUAUAUUUUGAGUUUU